CAUCCUUUCACGUGAAGAUUCUCAAACGUCACUCACCACUUCUGACCAAGAGUGAAUCCUCAGUUCCUUCUCAAUUGGGAAGGGACCUUUCUGAACACGAUCAGCUGCAUCACAUUUACUUCUCUGUUUCAUUUGGCCUUCCAAUUGAUCUCUCACCUCGACCUCAAAAGACUCUCUUCCCUCUCUACCAACCCUCUCUCUUACAACAACAACCUCUCUUAAUCUUCAACAGUACUCAUCAUCCACAAUGAAUACUCCUUCAACGAUCUACACUCCUUCACCCACUCCGGUCGAUAUCGAUCGCGCAAUCACCGAGUACAUGGCCGAGCAGCCUCAAGAGAUCCCUCACUCGCAGGUCGAUGACAUGACCUUCGAUCAGUACAUGGAGUCCAACUUCGAGGACACCAGUGGAAGAAUUGUCACUCCCGAGUUUCUUCGCAACGUCGAUACCGGCUCCCCCAGCAACGAAGAGUCUCUCGAGAUGGACAGCCCUCAGGUCGAUACUGGCGAUGACACCACCGAGAUCGAGAUCAAGGAAGAGUCAGGUGCAGACAAUGCAGACAAGUCCCAGGUCGAUGAGGGCUCUGAGGAAGACGGUCCCGAAGUCAAAGAAGAGGCCGAAGGAGAUGGAAACGAGGAUUCGGAGGUCGAUGAGGGAGCUGUGACCGACACAGAAGCUCGCCCUCAACAGCUUGCAGACUACAACUGGCGCGAGAAUCGCCAGGCUACUGGUCUCAACAAGAAGAUUCACGGAAACUGGAGACUUGCUGCUCUCGGAAAAACUACGUCGACCUUCAGCUCCAGAGGACCAGAUGGUGUCAUUGGCGACAACCAAAGACUGAUCGACAUAGUCGAUAUGCAACGCAACUUCGUCAAUACUGGUAAUCGCAAGGGCGGCGGAAUCUUCAAGAAGGUGUACAAGGACGGAAAGAAGAAGGGUCAGGCUGUGAUCAGCAAGAAGGGUCACAAGAGUACUUGCACUGUUAUCGACUCAGCCAAGGCCGCCUUCAAACCAGCCAUGAGACUCAAGAACGAUAAGGACGUCAUCGAGGCUGGCCGCAAAAGUGCCCUCAAAAUCUUGGAGCGCUACGUCGAUGCUCAACCUCGCAAGAAGGGCAAGGCUAAGAGGGAGUCCAAGAAGGGCAAGAAAGCCAAGGUCGAUGAGGCUGAAGACGAGGAGCAUGAAGAUGAGGAUAUCGACUGUGUCGGUAUCGACAAGGUUCUCGAGAAGGGACCUGACGAUGAUGAUGAGGGACCUGAGGGAAACGGCGGCGCUGCCUUCGACUAUAACAUAGUCUGUCCCACAAAGAAGUUCGACAAGAUCGUCUCACUUGACCCCUUGCGUCUCCAAGAAGCUGCACCAGGUAUCGGCGCUCUGUGCGGUGCAGCAUUUCUCAACCUCAGAUUUGAGGAUCUGAUCAGAACUCGUCUUGGAGCAGCAGCUUUCGAUCGUCUCCGUGAAAGCCUGCCCAUGUUAUGGCAAGCUGCGGUCAAAGAUUUCGAGAACAAUGUCAAAAGAAACUUCGACCCAUCAAAGUCGAAAACCAAGUACGACAAGAAAAAGUACUUCGUCAACUUCCCCGGUGCUCCGAAUGACCCCGAGACUGGAAUCAAAGAUGGAUACAUCACAAUUCACAGCGCAGAGGUAGCAGAAAUCUUUCGCCCAAUCAUCGACUCAGUUAUCGAUCUCGUCGAAAGACAGCGCAUGACACUUGCAGCAAACGGAUUGACUGCAAAAGGUGUGAUAUUGGUUGGCGGGUUUGGACAGUCCAAAUAUCUUUAUGCAUGCUUGAAGCAACGCUUCGCUGAUCAGGAUCCUCUUCCAACCUAUUCCCAAGCUACAGCCGGCACCCCCCCUGGAUCUGAGGGUCCGAGAUUCCAGAUUCUUCAGCCUCCCAACCCCUGGACAGCCGUUGUCCGAGGCGCCGUCCUUUCCGGACUCGAGACUGGUGUCAUUGUCAGCAGAAAAGCAAGACGCCACUACGGUGUCAUUACGAACCGCACGUGGGACGGAUCGAAGCAUUCUCCCAAUAACAAAUACUGGUGUGAGACCAUGGGUGAGUGGAGAGCAGACAAUCAGAUCGAUUGGUGCAUUCAAAGAGGUCAAGAUCUGCCAGUGGACAAGCCGGUAAUGUUACCCUUCAGCUAUGUGUGGACAUUCCAAAAGCGCUUCCCAUCAUCCGUCAAUCCAAAGAUCAUCGUCAGCGAUGCAGUGGAUGCACCUUCAGAGUACGUAAAGUCAGCCGAGACUCGUGUUCUCUGUCAAUUGCCCGCCAACCUCAAAGACGUGCCUCGCGAUUGCUUCGGCUUCUGCAUCAAGAAUGAAAGAAAACUCCGCGAGCUGGAAAUCGAAGUGGGCGUUGUUGUCGACUCAGGCAGCUUGAACUUCGAUCUCAGAGUUGACGACAUCGUCUACGGCAAAGUCAGAGCAGACUACGAAUAA